AUGGAGCCCUUUCAUAUUUUGGCGGCCUUGACCGGCGUUGCAUUCGCUUUUGGUACAAUUUUUUGUCUAUCAUCAAACCACGCCAAUGUCUGGCUCACGGCUUUUCUCUUCUGCAAUCUCAUCCUCGUCUUCGUCACUGUCCGUCACAUCCAGCUCCAGGAAAACCGCCGCAACUUCAAACGCAGCAAACAGGCUUCUCAUAACCAGCGAAUCAACCUCCAUGAGUACUACCUGUUCGUUCUGGGCUCGGGUGGUCACACCAAGGAGAUGCUCAUGAUGAUGGAUGACGGAUACUGCAGCUUCGAAACCUUUCAUCGCCGCUAUCUCAUUUCUUCUGGAGAUACCAUGUCUCAGAACCACGUUGUAGACUACGAAGCUGAUUUAAAAGAGUUGUGUACCAAGAAUGGCACGCAGACCGGAAGCUACGACACCGUUACCGUCACUCGUGCCCGUAAGGUCCACCAGUCACUCCUCACUACCCCUUACACGGCCCUUCUCAGCAUUCUCGACAUUUUCCCAGCUCUCAUGAACCCCCCCGCCAAUGUUGUUGGAGCUCGGAUGCGAUAUCCUACUUGCAUUUUCACCAACGGUCCUGCUACUGGCUUCUUCGUUGGUUUGGCCGCCCACUUGCUCAAGCUUCUCUAUGUGGUCCCAGAGUCCUCCAUGCAUAUCAUCUACAUCGAAUCAUGGGCGCGCAUCACCACUCUGAGCCUGACCGGAAAGCUCUUCUACUACACUGGCAUCGCCGACGUCUUGGUGCAGCACAAGGAGGUGGCCGGAAAGUACAGUGUCGAGUACUGCGGCGAGCUUGUGUUUAAUGCUCGGCGAGAAACUUGA